ACAAGACAUGGCGGCGCAGAUGGCGGUAAAUUCAGGAGGCAGUCUGUGGGGUCCCCUGAAGGAGUUAUGGGAGACCGUGGAAGGGGCGAUAUGGAGGAGACAGCCAGAGAGUGUUCAUCUUCUGGAUUUGCAGCUGAAAAAACACAAACCCUAUUUUUUGUCCCUGUUCAAAAACCCACCCAAGAGUACAGAACAGAGGGAGAAGGUACGGAAAGCCAGCACAGAGGGCAUUUCUAUCCAGGGCCAGCAAGGGGCGCGCCUUCUCCCUGAGCAGCUACUUACAGAGGCCUUCAUCCUCAGCGACCUUUUUGACCUUGGCGAGCUUGCUGCGCUGGAAUUGUUGCUUGCAGGAGAGCACCAGCAGCCUCAUUUCCCUGGGCUGACCAGAGGCCUGGUGGCAGUACUGCUGUACUGGGACGGCAAACGUUGCGUGGCCAAUUCCCUACGCUCUCUCAUCCUGUCCCGGCACGGCAAGACCUUCACUCUUGAUCUUGGAACGGAUUUGGUUAAUCUCACCACUCGCUUCACAGAUGAGCUGAUGGCUCAUGGUUUGACAAAGCAAAUUUUAAGCCUCGUGUCAGACGUCAGUGUGACGCGUGAGUUUGAGAGACUGCAGAAGGAGCGUGGUCUUGGCAACGAGAAACACAGAAAAGAGGUGUCUGACCUCAUCAAAGAGUGCCGGCAGUCAUUAGCUGAGUGCCUGUUUUCAUGGACGUGUCAGUCGCCCCUUAACAUAGAUGAUACACUCGCCCUGAUUGGCCAUCUGGAAACAGUGACGGCAGAAGCUGACGGCUCAUUGGAUAGCGUAAACCUUGCCUUGGUCAUGGCAUUGCUGUACUGUUUGGAUGUCAGUUUUCUGGAGCAGGGUACUGAGGACAGAGAAGAUCUGCUCCAGGCGAUUCCUUUGCUCACAGAGAGGCAGUACGUGGCAGCAGUGCACUCUCGCCUGGUGGACGGGCACGUGUGGAAGCUUCCUGGCCUGCAGGCAGUGGUGCGGCUGUCCUGGGCACUCUCGCUCAGGGUUCUCUCCCAGCUGCCUCAGGGUGCAGCUCUGGUAGAGUUCACCGAGGCAGAUGAGGCACUGGCUGACCAGGCACUUCUGGGAGGGGUCUUCCUCUUCCUGACAGAGGGAAUUCUGGGAAGUGAAGGCUUCCGCCAGGAGGAGUUCUAUACUCGGCGGCUGCAUGCUCUCAUCACAGACUUCCUGGCGCUCAUGCCUAUGAAGGUGAAGCAGCUGCGUAACCGUGCGGAUGAAGACGCUCGACUGAUCCACAUGGCCCUCCAGAUGGGGAGUGAGCCUCCAUCCUCGCUGCGCAAGGACCUGGAGCACCUGAUGAUUCUGAUUGGGGAGUUCUACUGGAAAGACCCGUUUGGCUUGGAGCUCUCCCUCGACUUCUGGUGUCCAUCAGAGUCUCUACAGCACACAUCGCUUACUGGAUCCUUCCUGGGUGUUGCUCUGCAGAGACCCCCUCACAAGCAGGUGGUUCUUUCCAAGUUUGUGCGUCAGAUGGGGGACCUGCUGCCUGCGCCGCUCUAUAUCCCCUACCUGCGUAUGCUGAAGGGCUUGGCCUGUGGCCCUCAGUGCUCCCACUACUGCUUCAGUCUGCUCAAGAGCAAUGGCGCGCCGCACGGAGAAAACUUGCAGGGUGGGGUAUCAGGGAGCCCUGUGUCAUGGGAGCACUUGUUCCAUUCCCUCAUGCUAUACCACGAGAACCUGAGGAAGGACGUUCCGAGUGCAGACUCCGCCCAGUACCGCCACCCACCAAUCAGAGGCAUCACCCCCCGAGAGCUGGACGGCCUCACUGCCUUCAUGCAGCUACUCACCACCAUCGCUACCUGGAGUGAGACAGCACGCCUGGCCCUAUGUGAGCAUCCUCAGUGGACCCCUGUGGUGGUGAUGCUGGGUUUGCUGCAGUGCAGUGUGCCGCCUGUGCUGAAGGCCCAGCUGCUGCACACCCUUGCUGCCUUCGCCAAGUCCCCCGAGAUCGCCGCCUCCCUUUGGCAGUCCCUGGAGUACACGCAGGUCCUCCAGACAGUAAAAGCUCCUGGACAGAGACAAGCAGCAGGCAUAGAGAUGGAGUUGAAUGAGAUCGAGUCGAGCUGUGAGGAGUACCCUCUGACACGUGCGUUCUGUCAGCUGAUCAGCACCCUGGUGGAGAGUUCGCUUCCUGUUAAUCUGGGGGCAGGGCUGCGAGCCCCUGGGUUCGAGCCUUACCUGGCGUUCCUGCGAGAUGCCAUCUUCCUUCCCUUCCCGACAAGAGCCUACCGGCGCCCGGCUGAGAAGUGGGAGGUGGCAGAGGCUGUGCUGGAGGUGUUCCACAAGCUGCUGCGUGGAUACGAGCCCCAGCCGGCGGAUUUCCUGCUGGAGACUGUGGAACUGCAGGGCGAGCUGGUGCCGGCCCAUAAGCCCCCGGGCCACAGCCUGAUGUACCAUCUGCUGAAUGACUCCCCGCUGCUGUCGCUCUGCCUCAGUCUUCUUGAGGAGGGCGUCAGGCAGCUCGACACGUAUGCUCCCUUCCCUGAUGUUGAUGAUGGUGGUGGUGUAGGUAAAAAGCAGCUGGAGUCGGCAGUGCUGCACUGUCUGAGCUUGCUGGACCUGGCCCUGCAGAAGGAGGUGGUGUUUAUGGAGUUGCUGAGAGAGAGCCAAUCCUCCGUGCUGGUGUCUCCGCUGGAGCAACUGCUGCAGGGUGUCAGUGCACAGAGCCGACGCGCCGACCACAUCAUCAACAUCGCCAGGUACCUGUACCACAGCAGUUCCAACCCAGAGGCUGCUUUCCUGAGCGCCAAGAUCCUACGUCACAUGGCUCGCUACCCCAACAUCCAGUCUAGACUGGUGGGAGACUUCACCCAUGACCCAGCGGUGAGUGAGAAGCUGCUGGCUGGCUUUGUGGAGUGUCUCGACAAUGAGGAGGCCCAGGAAGAAGCAGAGAAAACAGAUGACUCAGACCCUGAGAAGCGUGUGGCUCGAAUCCGGCACGAGACACAGAUCCACAUUCUAAACCUGCUGAUCACCUCUCUGGAACUGAAGGGGCCUAACCUGGCUCUAUACCUGCUGGGCUAUGAGGUGAAGAAACCUGUCUCCUCCACCAACCUGCAGGACCCAGGGGUUCUUGGCUGCCCGCGAAGUUGCCUGCAUGCAAUUCUGAGUCUGCUUCAGAGAGGGACUGAGAGACGCUCAGGACCCCUCCUCACUCAGCAGGCUCCACACCUAGCUCAGCUGUGCUAUCAGGUGAUCUAUCAGCUGUGCGCAUGCUCAGACACCUCUGGGCCCACCAUGCGCUAUCUGAGGACCAGCCAAGACUUCCUGUUCUCUCACCUGAAGCACUUACCCUUCAUCCUAGCAGGAAAUGAGAUUGCUGCUUUGAACCAGAUGUCCUGGCUCAUGAAGACAGCAGCCAUCGAGCUCAGGGUGACCUCGCUGAACCGCCAGCGAUCUCACACACAGAGACUGCUCAACCUCCUCCUGGAUGACCAACCACACAUGCAGCAUGCAGACGGGGAGAUGGGUAUGGAGGAUGAGAGCAGAUCAGUUAGUGGCUUUCUGCACUUUGACACAGUGUCAAAAGUGCGCAGGAAGCUGCUGAGUGUUCUAGAUGCGAUAGACUUCAGCCAGGAGGUUCCCGACACCCUGCAGCUGGACUUUUUCGAGCGCGCUCAGAUCGAGCAGGUCAUCUCUAAUUGUGAGCAUGUCAACGAACAAGGCCACACCGUCUGCAACGUCAAGUUGCUGCACAGGGUGUUGGUAGCGGAGGUCAACGCCCUGCAGGGCAUGGCUGCGAUUGGCCAGCGGCCCCUGCUCAUGGAGGAGGUGAACUCCAUCCUGCAGCAGGUGGUGGAGAGGAACCGGGUGCGGCGCUGCCUCAGUGCCAAGCGGCAUGCCCUGCAGAGCUGGCGUAGCCUGGUGGAGACCAUCCUCACCGCCUGCCCUGCCGAGCUCAUCCCUGCAGACCAGAGGCAGCUCAUCAUCAGGGACCUGCUCCUCGACCUGCAUGACAAGGUUCUAGCGGAAGAUGCUGCUGUUGAGCUGAUGGCCAUCGUUGCUGGGGCAGUGUUCACCCUGACGGCACACCUCAGCCAGUCCGUGCUGUCGGAGCAACAGCAAGGGGCGGGGCUGGAGGGCGGAUCUUCGUCAGGCUUCGCCUCCAUUGCCAACUCCGCCCUGCACCUCAUUCUGCGGAAGCUCCUGAACUUCAUCCUGUGCACAGGUGGCGGUUUCCAGCGACUGCGUGCUCACCUGUAUGGCUCACUGCUCUAUUACCUGCAAAUCGCUCAGAAACCUGAAGAACCAGACACAUUGCAGACAGGUGUGUGCAUGUGGGAGCGUCUCACUGCUCCCGAGGACGGCUUCUCCAAGCUACAGAGAGAGAACCUGGCCAUCAUUGAGAGUUAUGGGACGGCUCUGAUGGAGGUGGUUUGCAGGGAUGCCUGCGAUGGCCAUGAGAUAGGCAGGAUGCUGGCCCUAGCUGUGCUGGACCGUGUACUGUCCAUAGACAGGCAGAGUCAGUGGUUGGUCUAUCUGUGUAACAGCGGCUACCUGCGUGUGCUGGUGGAGAGUGUUAAUCAGGAUGACUCCGCCCUCCAAGCUUUGCUCCUCCCACAACCUCCGCUACUCAAACCCUUAUACAUCUAUGAGUCCAAGAUGGCAUUACUGACGCGUGUAGCUAAGUCUGCACAGGGUGCUGUGGAACUGCUCUCCUGUGGUCUGGUGUCUCAGCUGGCAGAGUGCCAAGUCUUCCACAUGUUGCCAGAGAAUGACUCACUCAGAGUGUUGGGUCAGAGGGACCCGUCAGGAUUCAUCCCUAGUCCCCUGGAGCGAUACAGACACAUCCUACUGCCUACACUCAGACUACUGCAGGUCAUCCUGACCUCCACUACCACUCAACACCAGCAGGGGGCAGCACAGGUGCUCCAGUGGGUGAUUGUGCACUCCGACACCAUCCAGUCGAUCCUGCGUAGUCAGGAUGUGAGUAUGGGGUCAUUACAGGAGCUCUCUCUCCUCACAGCCAUCAUCAGCAAGGCUGCCCUGCCAGGUGUUCUGGAUCUGGGGCAGAUCAACAGCGCUGCGCAGUUGGAGUUUCAGGGACACAUCGGCAGAUUCCAGCGCCAGUGUCUGUCUCUGCUUGUCCGUCUGGCCGGCACUGAGCGUGCUCGAUACCUCAAGCAGAUAGAAGAGAGCGUGUCCCCGGGUGACGCGGCAGAGAAGAGGGAGGAGAUGGAGGUUGCUAUGCAACAGAUCUGUGCCAAUGUGAUGGAGUACUGCCAGACCCUCCUCCUGCAGAGCUCUAGCCAAGCCCAGUUCACUGUGUGCCUCUUCAGCCCCUCAGCCACGGAGCCCACAGAUGUGGCGGUCCCGUCCGUGUCUCGGGUGCCCAGCCUGGGUCUGGUCCUUCUCCUGCUCAAAAACAGCACCGCAUCCUUCUUCCACUACCACGACACACACACCCAGAGCCUGGCCAAGCUGGAGAGACUGGAGCAGCUUGCACCAGAGGAGCUCAGGGAGCUGUGCCAGGGCCUGGUGUCAGGGACUGGGGGAGUGGAGAAGAUCCCAUCAGUGCAGAGGAGUGUGAUGGCUAAACGGCGUCUGGUCCAGCUCGUCAACAAUCGCGCCAAGCUGCUAGCUCUUUGUUCCUACAUAAUUGAAACGUGCCUGUUUGUCAUCUGGCGCCACCUAGAGUACUACCUCCUCUACUGCACCCCUAGUGAUCCCAAAGACUCCCUGCUGCCAGAAUACAGAGAUGCCAGAGGGGUUGGAGGUCUAGGCCUAUCCAGAGUCACCCAGCAGGAACUGGAACAGUUGCAGAAUGACGUAGCGAGCAGUUUCACUGAGCCGUUCCAGAGGAAGCUUCUGGAGGUGGAGGCACUCUACAGCAAGGCUCACUCACAUCACACCUUCAUCCAGGCCCUGACCCGCAGGAUCCGCGGCCUCGUACGCCAUGCCAAGAGCUAGACGCACACCCUUAUAUAUUCUAAAUGGUCAGCUUUACUGGAGAGGGGCCACUCCAGGAGCGAAUCGCAGUCCAACACAACAGAGUGUGGCUGUGGAGAAGACAUCUAAACCUGAACAUCUGAUCUAUCUAAACCUGAUUUAUAUACCAUAUUUGUAACUGCUUUGUUUACAGAAAGCUGUCUUGAAAUUUUCCAUGUUAAUAUUUUUUUGGGGUUAUAACUUUUAUAAGGGAGUGAAUAAAAUGAGACUGAUGAA